AUGACACAACAAGAAGAUAAGAGAUGGGUAAAAGCUUUUCAAGCUAUAAAAAGAGAAGGCGGAGAUGAAUUGUAUAAAAUUUAUGUAAAACAUCUGACAGCUGGAUUCAAAAAAAGCGAGUUUGUUGUUAAAUUAAAAGAGGAGAAUGAAAGAAUCUUAGAUCAAUUAGGAAAAGCAAAUAAAGAAAUAGUAAAUUUAAGAGAAAAAUUGAAGAAAUAUGAAUCAGGUGGAAAUCCAACACCAAGUAAAGACACAACUGGUGGAUAUGGACGACAACAAUCAAAACCAUCCGCUAAUCCUAAUGUUAAAGCAGAAAUGGAUAAAUUAUCUAAACUUAAUGAUGAGAGUUCUAAGAAAGUUAAAGAAUUACAAGCAGAAGUUGAUAAAUAUAAGAAUGCAUUAUUAGGUAAAGGUAAUGAAAGUGAAGUUUUAGAUUAUUACGCACAAGUUGGACCUGGUAUAACUGACAAAUUAAAUCAAAAUGAUGGUUUUGAAAAAAUUAAUUCAACAGUUGCAACAAUUUUCGAUGGAUUAACACAAUGGAUACAACAAAAAGCCGGAGAAGUAAAUGAAUUACAACAAAAUGUUCAACAAAGUGCUAAUAUUGAUGUUGAUGCAUAUCAAUCUAAAAUUGAUGAACUCACUAAUCAUUUAACUGAAAUACAACAGAAAUUAGUAGAAUAUUUACAAAAUGAAUUAAAUAAUAUUGAUGUCAAUGAAGCAUCAAGAAAGAAAUCAGAUUUUGAACAAUUAAUUUCAAAUGAUGAACCAAUCUUAAAUCAAGUUGAUUUCAUUCUAAAUAUGUUUACAAAUGAUUUAGCAGUAGCAAGAAACAAAUUAGGUUCAAUCGAUCAAGAGAAACGCUAUGCUCACUACUAA